GUCAUCCUAUCAUAGGCUAGUUCAUUAGGCAAUUUCGUGUAAAGUCGGUCAUUAACACCUUUAAAAGGUGGCCUCUUUGUAUGCAUAGCCUUCAUCCCAUUGAUUUCACAUCUUUAAUCAAUUAUUCUCUACUAGUCUUCAAAAACCUCUCUCAAGAUGCAGAUCUUCGUGAAAACCCUCACCGGAAAGACCAUCACCCUCGAGGUGGAAAGCUCCGACACAAUCGACAAUGUUAAGGCCAAGAUUCAGGACAAGGAAGGGAUCCCGCCAGACCAGCAAAGAUUGAUCUUUGCGGGAAAGCAACUCGAAGAUGGCAGAACCCUAGCUGAUUAUAACAUCCAGAAGGAAUCCACCCUUCACUUGGUACUCCGUCUUCGUGGUGGGAUGCAGAUUUUUGUUAAGACACUAACAGGAAAGACGAUCACCCUUGAGGUGGAAAGCUCCGACACCAUUGACAACGUUAAGGCCAAGAUCCAGGACAAGGAAGGGAUUCCCCCAGACCAGCAGAGAUUAAUCUUUGCCGGCAAGCAGUUGGAAGACGGUCGUACCCUUGCCGAUUACAAUAUUCAGAAGGAAUCAACCCUUCACUUGGUUCUCCGUCUCCGUGGCGGUAUGCAGAUUUUUGUGAAGACUUUGACUGGCAAGACAAUCACCCUUGAGGUGGAAAGCUCUGACACCAUCGACAACGUUAAGGCCAAAAUUCAGGACAAGGAGGGUAUUCCCCCAGACCAGCAAAGACUGAUCUUUGCUGGAAAGCAGUUGGAAGACGGCCGUACCCUUGCUGAUUACAACAUCCAGAAGGAAUCAACCCUUCAUUUGGUCCUCCGUCUCCGUGGUGGGAUGCAAAUCUUCGUGAAGACCUUGACGGGCAAGACUAUUACCCUUGAGGUGGAAAGCUCUGACACCAUUGACAACGUUAAGGCCAAGAUUCAGGACAAAGAGGGUAUUCCUCCAGACCAGCAAAGGUUGAUUUUUGCAGGUAAGCAGUUGGAAGAUGGCCGUACUCUCGCUGAUUACAACAUUCAGAAGGAGUCAACCCUUCAUCUUGUGUUGAGGCUUAGAGGAGGGAUGCAGAUUUUUGUGAAGACAUUAACUGGAAAGACCAUUACUUUGGAGGUGGAGAGUUCUGAUACUAUUGACAAUGUGAAGGCUAAGAUUCAGGACAAGGAGGGUAUCCCACCGGACCAGCAGAGGUUGAUCUUUGCAGGGAAGCAGCUGGAAGAUGGAAGGACACUGGCGGAUUACAAUAUCCAAAAAGAGUCAACUUUGCACCUUGUCCUCCGUCUCCGUGGUGGUCUUUAAAGUAUGCAGAUCUUUGUGAAAACCCUCACUGGUAAGACCAUCACCCUCGAGGUGGAAAGCUCCGACACCAUUGACAAUGUUAAAGCUAAGAUCCAGGACAAGGAAGGCAUUCCCCCAGACCAGCAAAGGCUGAUCUUCGCCGGAAAGCAGCUUGAAGAUGGCAGAACCCUAGCCGAUUACAACAUCCAGAAGGAAUCCACCCUCCACUUGGUGCUCCGUCUUCGUGGUGGGAUGCAAAUCUUUGUCAAAACCCUCACAGGAAAGACAAUCACUCUCGAAGUUGAAAGCUCAGACACCAUCGAUAACGUCAAGGCUAAGAUCCAAGACAAGGAAGGAAUUCCUCCAGACCAGCAAAGGUUGAUUUUUGCUGGUAAGCAGCUUGAAGACGGUCGUACUCUCGCUGAUUACAACAUCCAGAAGGAAUCCACUCUCCACUUGGUCCUUCGUCUUCGUGGUGGGAUGCAAAUCUUUGUCAAAACCCUCACCGGAAAGACAAUUACACUCGAGGUUGAAAGCUCCGACACCAUCGAUAACGUUAAGGCUAAGAUUCAGGACAAAGAGGGUAUCCCACCAGACCAGCAAAGGCUGAUUUUUGCUGGCAAGCAAUUGGAAGAUGGCCGUACACUCGCUGACUACAACAUCCAGAAGGAAUCGACCCUUCACUUGGUGCUCCGUCUCCGUGGUGGGAUGCAAAUCUUUGUUAAGACCCUCACUGGGAAAACAAUCACUCUCGAGGUUGAAAGCUCCGACACCAUAGACAAUGUUAAGGCGAAGAUCCAAGACAAGGAAGGAAUCCCACCAGACCAGCAAAGAUUGAUUUUUGCUGGUAAACAGUUGGAAGAUGGAAGGACCCUAGCCGAUUACAACAUUCAAAAAGAGUCCACUCUCCAUUUGGUGCUCCGUCUUCGUGGUGGGAUGCAGAUUUUUGUGAAGACUUUGACUGGCAAGACUAUCACUUUGGAGGUGGAAAGCUCUGACACCAUUGACAAUGUUAAGGCCAAGAUCCAGGAUAAAGAAGGAAUCCCACCAGACCAGCAAAGGUUGAUUUUUGCUGGUAAGCAAUUGGAGGAUGGAAGGACUCUGGCUGAUUACAACAUCCAGAAGGAAUCGACCCUUCACUUGGUCCUCCGUCUCCGGGGUGGGAUGCAGAUUUUUGUGAAGACAUUGACUGGGAAGACCAUUACUUUGGAGGUGGAGAGUUCUGAUACUAUUGACAAUGUGAAGGCUAAGAUUCAGGACAAGGAGGGAAUCCCACCAGAUCAGCAGAGGCUGAUCUUUGCUGGGAAGCAGCUCGAAGAUGGAAGGACUUUGGCGGACUAUAACAUCCAAAAGGAGUCAACUUUGCACCUUGUCCUCCGUCUCCGUGGUGGUCUUUAAAGUGUAUGUGUUUUGGGUUUGUUAAGUAUUAGUGUCUGUUACUUGUGAUCUUGUGAAAGAGAGACUUGUUCUCUUAUGUUUGUGAAUAAUAAUGUCCGAGUUAAUGUUUAGAAUGUUGGCCUUGGACUUUUCUGUCUGCAGCAAUCAAUGAGAAGACUAUGAUCUCAAUGUUUGGUCUUUUAA